AUGUCGGAUAUGUUGGGACUAAAUGAAACGUUGGAAAAAUUCUACAGCAAAUGUGCUACACCACAGCGUGAUCCAGGUUACACAAAGUUAUUCAACUACGUGACUGAGAUUGUGAAAAAAGUGGGAGAAAUAGCAUCCCAUUUCAAACCGAAACAAUUGAUACUUGUAGGGAGCUCGGCAUCAGAUGUUUCUGCGAUUAGGGCACAAGAGAUGGACCGUCUUCUACUGAUAGACAUUAAAGGAAAGGUGGAAAACAUAGACAGUUUACAUGAAUUUGCAAGGCUAAAAGUCGAUCCGUCGGGUCAUGCUGUUUGGAAAGAAUGCAUGAAUAAAGAUGGCUAUUUGGAACCACGGAAGGUUUCGGCAAUGUUCAAGACAAUAGUCGAUGAGGCGACUCGCUUGGUCAAUGAAGAAAACAAGUCGGGAUAUUCAGGGAUCACUGACCCAGCAAGUCAAAUAAAAAUUGGUGAUGGUUGCUCAGUUGCAUUAGCUAUCUCUGGAUCUUUUGGACCAGCUAACUGGGCCUUUGGAAACACAAAAUGUGAUCUUGUUCUUGAAAUUGAUUGUGAAGGAUUACCUCCAACACGCUUAGCAUCAUGGCUAGAAAACAAAGAUAAAACGAAUGAGCAAUGGCCUGCUUUUGAAACAGUGGAAACAAUUCGGAAUGGUAAUGGGUAUGGUCUAGUAGCUAAGACUUUACACGGUGGGAUUAAAAAGCAUAUUGAUAGCUAUGAUGCAUCACUUCUAUGGCAAUAUUCUGUUUCUCGUGCAGAAUCAUGCCUAUUGAAAAAUUGUAACGAUCAACUCACAUACAAGAAGCUUUUGGUAAUUCUUAAAGCUGUCCGAACCUAUGAAAUACCCGAAAAACGUCUUUCAGAGACGCCCGUCUUAUCAUCUUAUCACAUUAAAACAGUUUUUCUGCAUGAGGCACAUGCUCAUCCAGAUCCCAAAGACUGGCAUUAA